GGCGACGGAGGUGGAAGGGUGGAGGUAUAAAAAGAAGGACCUGGGGCUGCUGUCCACCGGAUUUGACUGAGAGAGCAAAUCCGCCGUGACUGAAAUGUACCCAAACCAAGGAAACCAGUACCCCGGUUACCCUGGGGGAUACCCUCCUCAGGGCCCAGGCGGGUACCCGCCUCAGUACCCUCCAGGACAAUGCCCCCCGAACCCCCACGGACCACACCCAGGCCAGCCCGGAUACCCUGGGCACGCUGGACCCGGGUAUCCAGGCCAGCCUGGGUAUCCCGCUGGAGGUCACGGGUACCCUCCUGGAGGACACGGGUACCCCGGGGGCCAUGGAGGCUGCCCACCACACGAGCACGGGCACGGACACGGGCAUAAGAAGAAGCACAAGCACAAGCACGGACACAAACAUGGGAAAUGCCACAAGAAAGGGAAGACUGGACACGGGUCCUCCAGCAGUUCUUGCAGCAGUGAUUCAGACUGAAGAUUUUGGACCUGAAAACUUCACACAUUUAAUUUAGCUUGAAUCCAACAGCACUGUCUAAUUCAUUUCAUGUUUUUACUGCAUGCUAAAUAAAUACAUAAAUGGCCAA